AGUGUGAAACGAACCAACAACUAAAACGAAACGAACGCGCGCGUAAAAUACAAACAAAACAGAAAAACAGCCAGCAAAGGCAUCCGCAAAACACGCAUAUAAUUAACACCUUCCCCCUACCCCUUCAUAUUAUAAACAACGUCGUUUUCAAUAUAAAAAUUAACAAUAAAUCUGAGGAAUUCUCAUUUCUAAAACGAUUGCAUUGAGCACAAACGAACCGAACAGAACCGAAAGAAACAAAAGAAUCCACAAGUAGCUGCAGAGCGAAUGAGCAAAAUAUAAAUAAAAACCUAUAUAAAAUACAUAUGCACACAUAUGAGUACCUGUACGGAUUUUCGCAUCUAUUUCAAAUAUCAAUGUGUAUGCGACAAUUGCAUCUGACAUUGGAUGAACUGCAAAACGUGUGACAUAUCUAUUUAUCUUCUGCUUUUUUUUUUGUGGCUUGCGGAUUGACAGCAUUUGAAUUGAGCGGCAAAUUUUUGGAAUCAAUUUCAAUCUUUAAACCUUACCCAAUGAUGGCCUACGACAUUAGCAUAAAGAGCCCCAUUAGAAACUUGAUCGUUACUUAAAAGCUACAAGUCGAUGAGUCGAAGGCAAACAGAAUCAAAAUAGAAAACAAGUUGUAACUUUCGCGUUUCAGUGAAAAAUCAACAAAUUAACCCAAACAGAAUUAACUUUAAGCUAAGCACAAGUCAACAAAGGAACAAAUGAACAACAAACCAACUAAUUACGUAGCUAAUACAACAAACUAAAUAAAACGAAACUAAGCGAAACGAACUAAAAGUUAGAUUUAACACACACAAUAAACAAAUGCAAAUGAAGCAGGAGCAACAACAACAACAACAACAACAGCAACAGCAACAAUUGAGCAGUAAAUCAAUGUGCAGCAUACGAAAACAUAAAAAGCUCAAAGCGACAUUAACAACAACCGUAACACUUAGUAGUAGAACCUAGGACGAAGAAUAGAAAGAAGAAGAAGAAGCAGAAGAAGAAGCAAACGAUAGCCAUACCAAAGAACAAGCAUUGAGUAUGCAACAAGCUGACCAACUAACACAACAACAACUACAGCUACAGCAGCAACAACAGCUACAGCUACAACAACAACAACAACAACAACAACUACAGCACCAACAAAAUGGGGGCGACAUGGCCGCCUAUGCCGCUGCCCAGGCCGCUUCCGGCGGCGGCAUCAAGCGCGCCCCAAUGAGCGGCGGUCGCUUCGACUUUGAGGAUGGCGGCACCUAUUGCGGCGGCUGGGAUGAGGGCAAGGCCCACGGGCACGGCGUUUGCACCGGCCCCAAGCACCAGGGCGCCUAUGCAGGUGCCUGGAACUAUGGCUUUGAGGUAUCCGGAUCGUACAUUUGGCCCAGCGGAUCACACUACGAGGGCCAAUGGCAGAAUGGACGACGACAUGGUUUGGGCGUGGAGCAGAUUGGUCGCCAGAUCUACCGCGGCGAGUGGUCCAAGGAUGGACACAAAGGACGCUAUGGUGUUAGGGAGAGCACCGUGUCGACGGCCAAGUACGAGGGCACCUGGAACGAGGGCUACCAGGAUGGUUCCGGUUGCGAGACCUAUGCAGAUGGCGGCAAGUACCAGGGUCAGUGGCAAGAGGGCAAGCGGCACGGCUAUGGUAUACGCACCUCGGCGCCCUUUGGCCUCGCCUCUCAUCAUCGUCGCAAGAAUCUGCACGCCUCGUUGAGUUCCCUGCGCAGUGCUGAGAAUGGCAAUGCCGCCAAGGCUGUUGAGAAGACGGAGGAGAUACGUGGCGGCUUUGUGUUGACCGCCAAGUCGGAUAAGCUUCCCGUUCGACGCAACAGUCUCACGGAAAAGACGAAGAAGGGAUUUCUAAUGGGUCUGAAAAUGCGUAAACAACGCAGCACUGGCGAUCUGGAGAAACGUGGCACCAUUGCUUCAGGCAGCAUAAGGUCCACAAUGUCAUCGGCCUCAUGGAUUAGCACCGGCUCCGAGCAGUCAAAUUUGACAACUAAAUCUGCGCAUACAGAGUCCAAUGCCAGCUUUACCAUGGACGAUGAGCAACUGGAUCCCACGGUGGUGGAAACCUACAUGGGCGAAUGGAAGAAGGACAAGCGCUGCGGUCACGGUGUCGCCGAGCGCAGCGAUGGGCUCAAAUACGAGGGCGAGUGGUACAACAAUCGCAAGCAUGGCUAUGGUGUCACCACGUUCCGUGAUGGCAACGUCGAGGAGGGAAAAUACAAGAACAACAUAUUAAUCACCAGCCAGAAGAAAAAGCAUUUGUUCCUGGCGCGUUCGCGCAAAUUCCGUGACCGCAUCACGGCCGCCGUCAAUUCCGCGCAGCGCGCUCUCAAGAUGGCCAUGCAACGCUCGGACAUGGCCAUCUCGCGCAUGGCCACAGCCGCAGCCAAGGCACAAAAUGCGGACGUUGCCGCUGAGCAGGCGCGCAUCGAUUGCGAGAAUGCCGUCCGCAUGGCCCGCGAAUUCGCGCCCGACUUCAAGCCUUCGGUGCUGGAGCGUUUCGAGAAGUUGCGCUAUCGCGAGCGCGAACGUUUUCGAGGCGGCCCGGGCCCAACAAAUGUGGAUCUGGGUCUGGGCAUGACCGGAGCCAAGACAGCGGCCUCUAUGCAGCAGCAAUUCUCGCCGGCGAGUAGCGGCGGCGCUGGCUCCGGCUCCGGUUCAGAUGCCUAUGCCACGCAGGCGCAACGACAGCAGCAGUACGUGAACAUGCAGCAGCAGCAGCGCCGCAUGUCGCAGCAGCAACACGAGUCGGAGUGCCCCGUGCCGUCGUCCAUGUAUUCGCAGCAGCUGCCCGUCUCGCCGCAGACGGAUCUCUCGGGGCUGGUCAGCCAAGCGCAGCCGAGCCAUGCGCAGGUCGUCAGCGCCAUCAAUCAAAUGUAUCACCAGCAGCAGCAUCAGCAGCAUCAGCAGCAACAGCAGCAACAACAGCAGCAGCAGCAGCAACAGAGCAAUCCACAAAUGAAUCCUGCAUAUCAGUUCCAGCAGCAACAGCCGCCCGGCGGUAAUGUUAAACUGAAUCAGCAGCAGACGCCGUUUGGCGCAGGCAACGCCAACCUGACACCUAGCAACAUUUCGCCGCAACAGCAGCACCAACAGUUACUCUACCAGCAACAGAUGCAGCAGCAGCAACAGCUGCAACAGCAGCAGCAGCUACAGCAGCAGCAACAGCAACAGCUGCAGCAGCAACAGCAACAGCUGCAGCAGCAAUCCUCGCUGCACUCCUCGCCCAGUCACAAUACCACGAGCAUGUUGCGUCGCGCGUCCCAGCAGCAGCAGCAACAGUUGGCGGAUGCCGGCGCCAAUGCGGCUGCAAUGGCCGCGGCGCAGCAGCAGCCGCGUGGACAGCGACCGCCCAUGCUGGGACAGACGGGCCAGCAGUCGUCCAUUGAUCACUUUGACCACUACAAGCGACCGCCCAGUCGGGACUCCUCCAUUGAUAGAUAUGCGCGCGCGGCCAGCCGCAUGAGCGGCGCUUUUGCCGGCUCCCGUCAGGCCUCCCUCGAUCGCUCCGGGCUUGCCGAUGGUAUGCCCAAUGGCCCCGGCGGUGGCGGCACCAGCACUCCGGAUGGACGUCCACGCGCUGGCUCAGUAUUUCGGGGCACAACACCGGUGGCGGGUGCUUCGGCCACAACUGCCACCUCGACCAUGACCGGCAACGGUUCGCUGCCCUCUGGUGCUGGUGGGCGUUUAUCACGCGCCGGAACGCCCAGUUUGGGGAGUGGCGGUGGGCGUGCGCCCAGCCAAAGCAAUGCGGCGGAGCCGCUCUUCUCGUCGCCCAAUCAGCCCUUCGAGGAUGUGCUGCUGCGUCAACGUACGCUCGGUCAGGAUAUCAUUCCCUCGCCCUUGCAACCCAAACGCACGGAAAGCUUGUAUUUGCCAGCCAAGCCUGCGACACCGGUGGGCGUGGCCAUGGGCGGCAAAGGUGGCGGCGGCGGCGGUGGUGGCAAGAAAAUGAAGACGGUGCCCAUCAAUGUGUCGCUGCAGCGCAAGAAGUCCAUGCCAGACUUUCAGGAGCUGCCGCGCGCCACGGAGGCGAUGAGCCGCGAGGAAGUCUCCGCUCUGGGCUCGGCCCGCCGCGAGGCCGUGCGUCGUCAAAUCGAAGUCAACGAACGCCUCCGGGCGAAUCCCUUGCUGUAUUUGGUUAGUCCGCAAGUGAAGGAUUGGCUGGUGCGACGACAGCUGAUGCUGCUCGUGCUUUUUGUCAAUAUGCUGCUGGCACUCCUAUUUAUCAAGAUGGUUACCUAGCGCCGGAUGCGCCAGACCACACGGAAUCGAAGCAAAACGACAACAACAGCCGCCGGCAGCAAUGCAAUAAAACUUUCAAAGUUUUGGAAUCAUUGUGUCACAUACUGCUAAGCGUCAAACAGUUUGCGAGUCAUUGUUAAGUGACUGUGGUGAAUUUGAAGCCGCCAACACGCUGCCUCCGCAGUUUGAGGGCGAUUGGACGCUGUGUUUUGUGAAUUUUGUGUGGUUGAGUUUUUUUGUGGGGCGAAGGCUAACAAUUUGUAGCAUUUGCACUAAAACAGAUUUCUAUAUAUUUAUAUAUGCUUAAAUAUACAUAUAUAUAUAUAUUAAAAAUACUAUAUAUGUAUAAACAAAAUCGAAUUAAACACUAGACUGCAGCCAAAUUGAAAAUGAUAAAAAA